UACAUAAACAUUGAAGUAUUUGGUGAGUAUUGACAUGACAACGGACUGAUUUAUCCCUUCGAUCAGGAUUAUAGACAAUGGUAUCAGCAUCAAUGUGUUAGCACGGGGGUGGAGCGCGCGCACGCACGCUGUGCUAUAUGAGAGCGCGGUGGGAGAUUCUACAGCAGAGAGAGCUCUAUGUAUUGGAUUAGAAACUAGAACUACCUUCAACUUCUCUAUACACUCGACGAAACAUUUCCAGUGAUGCAUGCAACAAAGAGCUACAUGGAUACAACAUCAUGCAACUAGCAACAUCCUGAACCCAUUUUCCCUCGACACCACACAAGGACAUGAACCUCUCAGAGUGGCCCACGCUUUCCCCAAACUCUUCUUUGAGAUACACGAACCACAGCGAAGAGUCCAGCAGGUACAGGCCGAGUGCAUCGGCAUGUGAGCAGGUGCACAUUGCACCUGAGGUGUUCCUCACGCUGGGCCUCAUCAGCCUGCUCGAGAACAUCCUGGUCAUUCUCGCUGUCGUGAAGAACAAGAACCUCCACUCGCCCAUGUACUUCUUCGUCUGUAGCCUGGCUGUGGCCGACAUGCUGGUGAGCGUUUCUAACGCAUGGGAGACUGUAGUGAUCCACCUGCUGGCUAACAGAAGUUUGGUUAUUGAAGAUCACUUCAUCCGUCAGAUGGAUAAUGUGUUUGACUCGCUCAUCUGCAUCUCCGUGGUGGCAUCUAUGUGGGGCCUGUUAGCGAUCGCCGUGGAUCGCUACGUGACCAUCUUCUACGCUCUCCGGUACCAUAACAUCAUGACCGUACGUCGAGCGGGGAUUAUCAUCAGCAGCAUCUGGGUGUUUUCCACGGGCUGUGGAAUCAUCUUCAUAAUCUACUCUGACACAAAGCCUGUGGUGGUGUGCCUGGUGGCCAUGUUCUUCGCCAUGCUGCUCCUGAUGGCUUCCCUCUACAGCCACAUGUUCCUUCUGGCGCGCUCGCACGUCAAACGCAUGGCAGCGUUGCCGGGAUACAGCGCCAACGUCAGGCAGAGAGCAAGCAUGAAGGGUGCCGUCACCCUCACCAUACUGCUGGGCAUCUUCAUCGUGUGCUGGGCUCCGUUCUUUCUCCACCUAAUCCUCAUGAUCUCCUGCCCAAAGAACGUUUACUGUGUCUGCUUCAUGUCACACUUCAACAUGUAUCUGAUACUCAUCAUGUGCAACUCUGUGAUCGACCCGCUGAUCUAUGCAUUUCGGAGCCAGGAGAUGAGAAAGACCUUUAAAGAGAUCAUUUUGUGUGAUGGACUGCGUGGUUUCUGCAGCCUGCUCAGCAAAUAUUGAACAAGGUUCUUGGAAAAACCUGACGGUAUGGACUGAUGGAUGAGUGUGUGUGUUUGGAUGGAUCGGUGUUGCACAUGAGGUGGGUGUGGGUUAAAGUCCCAGUGAAACGCCUUAGAACACGCAGCAUUAUUUGAUGUGUGAACCUAAUCUUAACUGAAAAAUGCAGAGAGCGCGAGACAUAUCGAGUGCCCCCGCCCCCUUUUAAAAUAACUAAUAGCGUUUCAUUUAUGGCACAGUCAGCCUAGCAAAGCUGCAUUUAACAGCAUGAUAGCCACAGUGGUGUAAAAGUCUAUUGAAAAGAAUAGGAAGAUGAGUGAUACCAGUGAUGUGUCAUUUGAAGCUUGUUAUUUUUCGUUGGUGAGUGACACUGGCGUUUGUCUUCUCUUUUACUCAUCAAAACUGCGGGAUUGAUUUGAUUCUAAAGCAGAUUUGAUUGGACGAGAACUUUGACCAGAGGCGUGAUGUCAUGGAAUUUCUAGAUUUUUUUGAGUGCCCGUGCCAGACUGUCAGUUUUGAACGCUUUUAUCUUCUAAAUGGGAAUUUUGUCAGCGCGUAGGAGCAUAUCAGUUUAUUGACGUCCUUAAGGCUAACUUAUUUUUAGUAAAAGGAAAAAACUUUCAUAUUGAUUUCACUGGGGCUUUAAAGCGACAACAAGCAACUUUUGCUCACUGUUGCCCCACGUGGCUGAUAAGCGGAAUUGUCUGUAUGCAGUGUCGUAAAAACUGUCGCAAAGAUUUCCCGCUGGCAGCUCAAUACACGUGAGUUCGUUUACUAAGUCCGAUGGACCCGGCGGACCCAGAUACGCUAUGAAAACAGCGCAUAGCAUGUAUAUAUAUAUAUAACGACAACAUUAGCCUACUCAACGACUGAACUGUUCAACAUUUACGUGGUUUACUUGUCUGAACUAAAGAAUCUGCUGCUUUUUACCACAACACGUUUAUUGUGGUUUUUUUAGUCUUCAUUUACAAGCUAGCUAUCGACACCGGCAACCAUAUAUUAUCUCUCAGCUACCUUACGGUUAUAAAGUGUGAACCGGUGGUGCGCCAAUGACACAGACUAAUAACAAAUACGUUCAAAAGUACAGGACAGUAACAAAAAAUGUACAAAUAACACUUACAAAUCCAGGAGCAGGACCGCUAGGUCUCCAUCCGUUUUGCAACCCGUUGCCUCUUGCUGCUCGCGCCACUGAGUGUAAGCCCAUCCGAUAUUGAUUUGUGACCGGCCUCGUGUCCGAUCACUCUCUCGCUUUCUUUUCUUUGCUUCCUCCGACAAAACCCUCUUUGGUUUUUUGGCUGGCUCUGCCAUGGUGAUGUUUUGGUUCGUUUCGUCUUACUGUUAGCUCUGCUGUUGGCUAACUUCUCCCAGGCUACGAGUAAAACGUGACAUAUGCCGUAAAGCAGUGGAUAGGCGGGCUUGUACCGGCCCGAACACCAAAGUUACAAGUGCAAUUUCAGCCGAUAGGAGGCUGCUCAGGUAGCAACGGCAGUAAAAUUCGUCCAGUUAAAAGUUGACCUACCACUAAAAUAAUUUUAGAGACAUUAUUUUAAGGUCAAAAAGUUGCUCGUUGUCGCUUUAAGUG